UUGCUUUCAGGAUUUUCAAGUAAGAUGUUGUGACCUGCGUAAGUUUCCCGAAAGGAUGAGCCAUGUGACACAAUACAUUGCAGCAUGUACAUACACAUACACACGAGUAUGUACCUACGAGUAAUACAACGAAUACAGAGCCCAAUUUCACUGAAAAAUGGCGAGGCAAUACUUGAAACCACCAAAUCCCCAGGAUUAAUAUCCAAUACAUCGACAUCUUCGCUGGUUCUUUCACAACUGUGGAGGUGUAAACUUUUACGAGUAACAAUGGAAGACUGUAAUCCUAAGGAAGAAAACUUGAGUGAGCCAGGAUCUCUUGCCUUGAAGUCUGCCCAACAAACGGAUGACUUAGUGUUCAAUAAACCAUUACCUGUUGAUGCUUCGAAAAACACAAUUAAAGUUGACGCUUUUGAAAAACAAAUGUAUUUAAAGGAAAUCGGUAAAAUCAUGAAGCGAGACUUUCUGCCGGAUUUUUUGAUACUCAAAGCUCAAAAUGAAUACUCAUCUGCGAUAGAAAAUAACGAUAGUGAAAAGUUGGACGAAAUAUAUGGCAAAUAUGGAAAACCUAAGAAGAGAAAUGAGAUUAAUUGUACAGGUACCCGAUUUCAAGAAAAUCAUUUCAACGAAGAACGAUACAAAAAAACUAUUCGAAUGCUGGAACAUUCACACGUACGAGCAUUGGAUGGCAAAGGAUCGUCUUCCCAAACUCCCGAAGUAAACGGUCACAGUUUUCUUAAAACACCAUCGCCCAUGCCACGUGUUGAUGAAACUCCUCUAAUGGUAUCGGGAGAAAUUGACGGUACUCCUUCUAGACUGAGCGAUAGCAAAACUCCAAUUAGACCGGGUUUACCUGCACCACCGCUUCGUGAACCACUGGCUUAUUCGUUACCGGAAAAAAUCUACGAAAUGACUAAAUAUGAGAAGAAAAUCGCUAGAUUAAGUUCCAAAAAAUUUAUAAUAACAAAUGAAGAAAUCCGCAAGACUGUCGAUCGAAUGAAUAAUAUUAAGAAUAAUACUACGCGUUUCAUCAUGAAAUUCACGUCGCACUUGAGGAAUGCUGAUGUGAAAAUAACCAAUUUCCAGAAACACAGUGUGCAAACAACAAUGGACCACUUAUGCGCCCAUGUAAAAUCAGAGCUGAAAAUUGUGAUUCCCUUCAAUCCUCCUCAACCACCAUCACCUGAUCUGCUUCACCAAGACUUAUCUCAGGAAGAGAAGGAAGAAUUUGCUAAGGAAGUGCAAAACGUACUGCGAAAGAUAUUCUCCUGCGGGGUUCCUGCCUGGAUUGUUCGUGCCAAUUGUUCGAUUAUUAGCGAAGCGUGUUGUGUUAAGAAAGAUGAAGUAACCGUUUGGUUAGGCUGUUGAUAUAAAUGUUCCUUGAUUUAACUUAAUGAAUAGUCAUUUGUUAUUUUGUAUACGAUUUUUUAAUAUAUUUCUUUCGAUGAAAAUAUUGGUAGCGAUUUUAGAGUGAGUGAUACGUCUUCGGUUUCUUUUUAUAGCGAAUUGUUGUCAACUUUGUAGCAUUCAUUUUUAAUAAAAUAAAAAUAUUUGUUCGUA